AUGGCCAUAGAUAACGAAUUUUAUUAUACACCAAGUAUUGUUGCCAAUAAACAUAAAUUACAACAUGUUCAAGAUGUAGCUAGUUUGGUUUUGGGUGUUGCUUCUGGUAUUAUGUCGUUAGAAUCAAUUAAUGGAUUUGUAUUUUAUUUUAUUGGUAUAACAUUAACUAAUUUAUUAUUUUAUAUAAUAUGUACUGAACAACAACCUUAUAAGUUUUUUAAAAAUCCAUUGCAUGAAAUAUUUAUAAAAGAUUUAUUUAAUAAUAUAUCCGGUUAUAUAAUGAUGUGGUGUUUAAUUUAUGCUUUAGUAAAAACAAAUUCGUAA